AUGGCGGACAUCGGCCAGCUGUUGUUGCAAAACGAGCUGUUCAUUGUGCUGGGCGCUACUGUUUUCGCCGCGCUUCCUGCUGUCAGCCCGUACUGGUUGCCUGUCAAAUACCCUAAUUCUGCUCCUAAACAGUUUCAAUUCUCUUCUGGCGCUGCGAUCGCAAUCACCGUCACCCGGACCGCUACCAUAUUUUCAAAGCCCACGACGUUGACCGAUAGGAUUUACCAGACUAUUAUGCAGACGCAGACUGGAACACGCACAACCACGAUUAUAGCCACUGUUCCGAGAAUAAUCUACGACACGGUCACAGAACAGGUGACGUCAGUCUCAACAUACUACGACCGACACUACCUCACGAAAUGGACACACUUCUCAGUCGACCCAGCGAUGCCGUGCACGACUGUGGUUGAUAGUCCUGCUAUCACGAUGCAGAGUCCAAGUACUCCUGCAUCGGAAGCGUACCCUCUGAACGUCGCACAACUGCCGAGAACAACACCUGGAAUUACUUCAUGGGUUCCAUGGAAACUUGUGCUCGCGGUCUGGUUGCUUACGAAUUUGUUUAUGUGGGUUUGGUACCUAAAGACGGUUGACCCCACAGGAGAGGUGCAGAAGCCACAAGCGGAAUACGAAAUCAUGAAAGGAAGCCGCCAGGACGUAAAAGACAAGUAUGAGGCCCAUCGGGCUGACCUUGUCAAAAGAUAUGAGGAAGCGGAGAAGGUUGUUGUGAUGGUUCGCGCAAAAGAUGUCAUGCUCCAAAAACUUGGUGUUUCCAUACCGAGUGACGAAGCUGACAACAAAGAGCUCGACAGAGAGACGCUCGCCAACAUGGUGCAGGCCAGGAUGAACGCCUUGUUCGAAGAGAAACAGCGGCUGGACCAUCUAGAAACAGAGAACAAAGCUCAGACCGCGAAGAUCGAAGAGCUCAAAGCGACUAUUGCGACCCGGUUGAAUACCGCCUAUGUGCCAGGUGCGAGCCGUGCCUUCGAUGAGUUACUCCGCAGCAAGCAACAGGAAAUCAACAAUCAGCGCAACAUGCUCCACAAUGGCAAUGCCUCCGAGCAUAUCAAGGAGAACGACCGACUUCAUCAGAAGAAAGAUGCCGAGCUUAGUAAGCUACGACCUUUGCUUGAGGAAGUUGAGACCCUGAGACAUGCUCCGACCGAAGCCAAAAGAGAAACUGCACUAGUUGAGGAACAGAAAAGGGCCAAGGGUAUUGCAGAUGAACGCCGCUGGAACGAUAAGCGGGUCGAUUUACGCAAGGAACAGAGUGAUAAGAUCUCUGCUUUGAAAGAGAAACAUGACAACAAAGUCGCCGCUCUAGAGUCCGGCUUGGAGCAGAAUGCCGAAUUGGUCAACGCCCAAAAGGCUAAAAUAGCCAAUCUGGAAGCUGAGUUGCGCAAGACGAAGCGUUCGCAAGCAUCAUCUGACAAAACUUUGCACCAACAGUCAAGGAAUAGCCGGGAUGUUGAUGAACUCAUCAAGCAGGUCGCUGAACUGGAAGUGCAACUGAAGAAGGCCUAG